CCCGCCUUAACAUCCACUUGCCCACCCACCACACUUACGCCUUCUCGCUCACGCCCAGCGACCCUCCCACGACUUUCACACACACUUCCCAAGGCAAAUCACCAUGUCCCAGCAAUACGGCGGCGGCUACAACGCCUCGCAAACCGGCGCAGGCGACCACGCAGCCGCAGCCGUCGACGCAACAGCGCGCACAGUGCACUACAAGUGCGGCGACUGCGACAUGGAUGUUCCGCUGAAGCGCGGCGAGCCGAUCCGCUGCCGCAACUGCGGCCACCGUGUGCUGUACAAGCAGCGAACGAGCCGCAUGGUGCAAUUUGAAGCUCGAUGAGUAAAAGCAAACGCGCGCGCGAAUAACCCUCUUUGUUUUGUUUCGCUUUCCGGCACCGAACGCCCAAAUCCAUGCAAUCUUGAAGCGAAAUUGGAAAAUUAGGAGGGGUCGCGAAACGGAACGAAAUUGAGAGAGAGAGAGAGAGAGAAAAGAAACCUUUUUUUUUAUACGAUACAAAACAAAGCAAGGAACGAUGCAGUCGGCGAUAGAUACCAACAACCAACGAGCGGACAAACGGAGUAAUAGUAGAAUUCUUCCAAAACAAGGAUAAAGGCGGGUUACAAGGGGGGUUGAGGGAGAUUUCUACACUUUGCAAUAGUUGUAGUAGUCAGUCAUGGAACGAGGUUUUGAUAUUUCCGUGUGUACCCAUGGCAUGGCGGAGAAGAAGUCAUUAUUGCGCAUCACUCCAUGUUAAAAAAAAAGAGUUCCUUCUGGAUUGGCAAUGGAGAAAAGGUAGAGGGACUCCAGAUGUGC